AUGGGUAAAUCAUUUAAGACCUCAACUACUGAAACUGAAAAGGGCACACAAUCGCAUGGUCAAAACGUUGCCUUACUGGAGACCCCCAAUGGUGUUACCAUUUUGGGCAAUAAACCAGUAUCGAAAGGACUACAAAACCGUAUAAGCAAUGACGAAGAACGUCUUUCAGUGCAACGGCGUCAUGGCGACGAUGAGGAUGACUCUUUCGAAUAUGCAACUGAUCGUGAGAGUAGUGUCUACAAUCCCACCACAAUGCCCAUACGCAAUGUUAUGGCAACUGCUGGUGGACGUAACUCACAACAUGCGAACAAUAACGGCAGCUCCGAGCCCAGCAACAGUAACAGUUCUGAUCUCUUAUCGCGCGGUAAUCAAUUGGGCAUACCAGAAUCACGUUUCUCACGCUGGAUACCAAAAGAUCAGCGUGAAAUUCUAGAAAAACAAGCCAAACUGUUGGCCAAUCGUAUUGUGCCGAAGACACCCGAACCAGAACGAGUCAUACGCGCUACAACACCACAACCAACCGAAACAGAAAUUUAGUGGGAACGCGGUGACGACAGGAUUCAGGCGAAACAGUACUACAAAGAGCAAAUAAUUAACCAAAUAAUGAUAAAAAUAUCGAAGUAUUAAAGAUUUAAGUAAAUUAUAUCAGAUAAUCGCUACCGAAUGGACAUGUCCUUACAUAGGCAACGAACAAACAAUAAACAAACAAAUAUUCAAUAAGUUAAAGACGUGUGCAGCUAUGAAGAGUUAUUAACAUCACAAUUUUUUUUACUAAUUUUUGUAUAUUUUUCUAUA